UGUUUUUAUAAAUACGUGAUUAACAUAAAAUGGUCAAGAGAAAGGUACUAUUAAGGAUUAGAGGAUAGCAGGAAAAAAGAAACAUAAAAGCAGUUUACUAAAUCUAUUUAUUUUAUGAGCAGAGAAAGAAUAGAACUCAUGUUGCCCCCACAGAAGAGGAGAUGAAUAAAAUCCCUAAAAGUUUUGUCAUGCGAUCUGGUAUAGUAGGUUCUUCUAUUACAUCAUUAGUGCGUGAUGUACGUCGUAUAUUUGAACCACACACAGCAAGUCAUUUAAGAGAACGUCGAUCGAAUCGACUUAAAGAUUUUGUAAUGGUAGCAGGUCAACUAGGUGUAACACAUUUCUUAAUUUUUAGUCGUACUGAGAAGAAAAUCAAUCUUCGUAUUGCACGUGUUCCUCGUGGCCCUACUUUGACAUUCCGUGUGGCAGAAUAUGCAUUAGCAAAAGAUUGUUUAGCACUUCAAAAGAAUCCAAAGACAUCUGAUAUUGUUUAUCAUAAAAGUCCUUUAUUAGUUUUGAAUAAUUUUCAACAAUCUGGCAAAGAAUUUAAAGUGAUGACAGUUAUGUUACAGAAUAUGUUCCCUGCCGUUGAUAUUCAAACAAUGCAAUUAUCUGAAGCAAGACGUGUUUUACUGUUCAAUUACAAUGAUGAGACAGGAAUGAUCGAUGUAAGACAUUAUAGUAUUGGCGUGAAAGCUACAGGUGUUUCUAAAUCAAUUAAACGAGUGAUCAAUACAAAUUUACCCAAUUUGGGAGAUUAUGAAGACAUCUCGGACUAUGUAUUAAAAGAAGCCAUCAUUUCAGAAAGUGAUGUCGAAGAUGGACCUGAAUCUACUGUUACUUUACCUCAAGAUUAUCCUGGACGUAAUAAUCGUAAGAAUGAUCAAAGAGCAGUUCGUCUUCAUGAGUUAGGCCCUCGUAUGACACUUGAAUUGACAAAAGUUGAAAACGGCUUAUGUGGUGGUGAAGUGCUUUAUCAUAGAUAUGUUACUAAGACUAAGAAGGAAGCACAAGAAACAGAACGUAAAAGACAGCGUACACUUCAAGAAAAGGCUGCACGUAGAGAACAACAAGAACAAAAUGUUGAAAAGAAAAAAGCUGAAAAAGAAGCUAGAAAACAAAAGAAGGGAGAGACUGAUGAAAUUCAAUCUGAAGAUGACGAAGAUAAUGAUGAUAAUGAAGAGGAAGAAGAAGAAGAAGAAGAAGAAGAUAUGCAAUUAGGAGAAGAAGAUUCUCAAGAGGAAGAUGAUGAAGACGAUGAAGAAUAAAUAUAACAU